AGAUUUUAAUCAAAGAAUUCCCUGUUUUGUGCUUCGCAGUACACGUGAACAUCUUUUUUCAGAGUGGUUAGACCUGGUAUGGUUUGGAUAAGACCUGAAUAUCUGAUUCUUGGUCAACCAUUUUGGAGCACUGAACAAGAGAACCAGUAUUUCGCAAUUCAAAGAAGAAAAGGCCAUGGAACAAAAGGGUUUUCAUCUGUUCUUGUAGCAACAAUCGAUUCAGUGUUUGAUACUCGACCUGCACCAUAUCGUAUCAUUUAUAAAUACGACGACGAUGAUGUUCAAAUUGCCAUUGUUAUUGCUCAUGCCGUGCGCAAGAAUGAAAUCCAGGAACACUGGGCUUGGAUAGAGAGAAAUAUUAUGCCAACAGUAGCUUCAUUUACCACGGAACGGGAUGUCAGGACCUUCGUACUGUGCAAGGUGGAAAGUCUGGUCCACAUCGACGCCGAAUCUGUCGCUGCUACAGAAGAACUUGACUCGUUGGCUACUCGAUCUGUCUUCCAUAAGUUUAUCACUAUCUUCGCUUUGCCUUCAGAUGAAAAAUUAGUAAACUAUUAUAGCUGCUGUUAUUGGAAAAAUCGUUUUCCCAAUCAGGGACAAAUAUUCUUAUCCGUGAAUUUUCUUUGCUUUUAUUCUUUCGUCAUAGGAAAUGAAGUUAAAAUCAAGUUGAAAUGGACAGAUAUCACGAAACUUGACAAGGUUUCUACUAUUUUAUGGCCACAAAGUCUUCGAGUGGUAACGCGACAAGAAAGUUACGAGUUUUCCAUGUUCCUCAAUUUUGAUGAAACUUUCAAGUUGGCAUCACAACUUGCCAAUAUCGCUAUGAAACAAUUGAUCGAAGAAGAAGGCUUUUGCGAAGAUGCCGCUCUGAUGCAGAAAGCUUUUUCGGAAAGUGAACGAAAACGUGCCAAGAAAACGACGGCUUCAUUUUUGAAACGAGAUCUUGAUGCAAGGCAACGAAGCGAAAGCUACAGAAUUUCUUGUGGUUUUUUACCUUGA